AUGCGUUCACUCAUUCUCCUCUCCGCCUUCUUUGCUGCUGGUUUUGCACAAACGCAAUACACUUCUACAGCUGCGGCUGCAGUGGCCAAGGCAAGAGCCACUGCGUUGACAGAGAGUCCCACGAGUAAUGUCGCCGGCAAGACUUUCGAUUGUUUCGUAGCAAUCUGGUGCGAGAAUACCGAUUAUUCCAUGGCAUCUGCGGACACAAACUUCAAAUGGGCCGCUUCUGAGGGAGUCACUCUAACCAAUUAUCUUGCAAUCAGACACCCUUCACAACCAAACUACGUCGCAGCAGUCGGCGGUUCGACCCAUGGAUUUACAGAUGACACGUUCCAGCGUAUCGACUCAUCCGCCAAGACGAUCGUUGAUCUCCUGGAAGCAAAAGGUGUUUCCUGGUCUGAAUACCAACAAGAUUCCCCCUACAGUGGGUUCGAAGGAAAUUAUGUCAACCAGGAAACCGGAGCUAAUGAUUUCGUAAGGAAGCACAACCCACUCAUAAGCUACGAUUCCGUAUCGAGCGACACAUCCCGUCUGGCCAAGAUAAAAAAUUUGACCAUGUUCGAAAAAGACCUCUCCGACAAUAAACUGCCGCAGUGGAUGUUCAUCACGCCCAAUAUGACGAAUGACGGCCACGAUACCUCGGUCACGACCGCUGGGAAAUGGAUCAAGAGUUUUCUGUCUCCGCUACUGAGCGAUUCUAACUUUAUGAACAAUACGCUCGUCUUGCUGACUUUUGAUGAGACCGCUGUACAAAGCGGGGUUAACAAAGUCUUCUCUGUACUUCUAGGAGACGCGAUUCCGGCUUCUUCGAAGGGUACGACGGAUGGGACUGCGUAUAGCCAUUAUUCUCAGAUGGCUACGGUGGAAAACAAUUGGGGUUUGGGGGAUUUGGGACUUGGUGAUGCGUCAGCAGCAGCGUUCUUUUGA